AUGGCAAAACCAAGGGGGAUUAAAUUCAAUCAUCGAAAUGGCCGCGCCGGUAGUGAUGGUCGCAGAAGCAGUUUCUCCGAUAUCAGUGAAGCUGCCUCGGAGCCAAGCUCUCCAAAGAUAGCAAAGGCAGAUGGUGCAAGCGAUGAGAAGAAAGAGACUGAUAUAGUUGUGCCAUCGGAAUACGAGAAGAAGAAGCAGACCUUUAUUACACGAUCGAUAUGGACAUUUGUAAUGAUUGGGGGGUUUUUUGCGUCCAUGUUCAUGGGGCAUAUAUAUAUCAUCGGGAUUGUCACCGCAGUGCAGAUAAUAUCCUUCAAGGAAGUCAUUGCGAUUGCAAAUGUACCCAGUCGAGCUCGUCGAUUACGCUUCACAAAAGCUUUGAAUUGGUAUUGGUUGGCCACUACCAUGUACUUCUUAUAUGGCGAGAGAUUCGUAUUCUUUGUUGCUUCUCUUCAAGCAGGUCACUACAAGUUUCAGUUCACGCAAUUCGCCUGGACUCAUAUGGCCCUGUACCUUAUCGUGGUCCAAGCCCAUUUCAUCAUGAACAACGUCUUUGAGGGAAUGAUUUGGUUCUUCUUACCGGUGUCUCUGGUCAUUUGCAAUGAUAUAUUUGCUUAUAUCUGUGGUAUCACGUUUGGCCGAACCCAGCUCAUUAAACUCUCACCAAAGAAGACCGUCGAAGGUUUUGUUGGUGCUUGGGUUUUGACAAUCAUUUUUGGUGUAGGCAUGACUAACGUACUCAUGCGGUACAAAUACUUCAUUUGCCCUGUAAAUGAUCUUGGUGCCAACCUAUGGACCGGUCUUGAGUGUACACCAAACCCUGUUUUCUUGCCUCAUACCUAUCAACUCCCUAUUUGGUUUCCAGUCUGGAAAUCCUUCUCCAUGGCACCUAUGCAAGGUCACAUUCUUGUUUUUGGAACUUUUGCAUCACUCAUUGCACCUUUCGGUGGAUUCUUUGCUUCUGGACUGAAACGCACUUUCAAAAUCAAGGAUUUCGGCGACUCGAUUCCAGGACACGGCGGAAUCACGGAUCGAAUGGAUUGUCAAUUUAUCAUGGGUUUCUUUGCCUACGUCUAUUUCCACAGCUUCAUUGCUAUCUACAAAGUAUCACUUGGUGGUGUCAUUGAAACUGUGAUCAACGGUUUAACGCCAGAGGAGCAAAUGGAACUUGUUAAGGGAAUCAGCAAACAUCUCUAUAACCAAGGGGUCAUCGGCGACAAGGUAUUGGACUGUCUAAACGUGGCAGCGAGUAAGAGAUAA